AUGACAACUGAAUUGAACGAGCUGGUGAGCAAAGGUGCCUCACCGUCAGACUCGGCGUUUGUGGCCCCUGCUAUUGUUGCGACUGUUGUUGAAAGAGAUGGAAAAAUGUGGCAGUGUGCACGAGGCGUCGGCCAUGCCGAAGAUGAUCCCGUCACUGGCGACCAUGUCUUCUGGCUCGCCUCGCUUUCCAAGCUAAUGUGCACCAUUGCAGCGCUUCAGACUGUGGAGAGGGGCUUGAUAGGACUCGAUGACGACGUCAAGGACGUGUUACCAGAGCUCGCCGCGCUCGAGGUGUUGGACGGCUCAGUUGAUGAGCACGGUGUUCCCUCAACCAAGCCUCGUCAGAACAAGAUCACCCUACGGACGCUCCUGUCACACUCUAGCGGUGUCGGCUCCGAGUCUUUCCCUCCCACCCUGGCAGCGUGGGCCAAUGCGACAGGCCUACCUAACAAGACUCUCGAUUCCGAUCAGCAAGUCAUGCUCAAGUGUCCUUUGGCCUUUGAACCCGGAACAGGUUGGACUUAUGGCGAAGGAAUUGAUUGGGCAGGAGAAGCUGUCCGUCGCCUGAAUGGACUGAGCUUAGAGGACUACUACAGGAAGAACAUAUGGGGGCCACUGGGAAUGACCCGAAGCACCUUCCAUCCCUUACAGUUUGGGCAAUACAUCAUCCAGCCAUAUCAAAGGCAGGCGGACGGUGGAGUGAAGGCUGGACCAUUGGUUGUGCCGCGCGACGCGCCAGUCGAAAUGGCCGGACAUGGCGUCUGGAGCACCCCGAAUGACCACGCGAAGCUGUUGAGCGCACUCCUCAGGGGAGGCGCCCCCAUCCUGAGCACCAAGUCAGUGGAUGAAAUCUUUACGCCACAGCUCCCAGACCCAAAGCAUUUAGAGGCCGAGCUCCACGGCUUCCUCGAGAGGGUUCUUGCACCUACGAUCCCGCGCAGUCAACCUGUCAAUCACGGACUAGGCGGAGUGGUCAACCUGAAGGAUUUCCCAGCUCGACGUUCGGCGGGAACCCUACAGUGGGUUGGAGCUGCCAACCAGUUCUGGUGGAUCGACCGCACCAAGGGAGUUGCUGCUUCCACCUUCUUCCAACUCAUUCCAGCCGGCGAUGCUAAGGCCAAUGCUUUCAACAAUAAGUUUGAAGAGGCAGUAUACCGGAGCUUUUAG